AUGGUUGAGCGCAGAGAGGUGUUUGAACAGCUCAAACGCGCUGUUCAGGAUGGCGGAAACAGGGAAAGGCCACAGUUUUUGAGAGAGCUACAGGAACAAAAGCAGGAAGAAAGUGAUGGGAACGGACCGUUGUUACCGCAGAUAUUGGUUUUAGAUCUGUUGAAUGCUACAGAAUGCAGCGCGAUACAGUACAAAUGGAGUGUGGCCGAUGUGGUAAUACAGAAUUUGAGCAGCGUUCAAUUUCAAGGCUGGCUCCCCGAUAAAACUUCCAUUUGGGAUAAGCUCAUGAACUCCACAAUUUGGGAAGAUUCGAAAAGCUUCGAUUUGCAUAUUCUGGAGACACUUUUGAGCUUCUCGGUGAAUGGAAAAGCUACGGAUGCAUGGAGAGGGAUUGCCCUUCUUCUAGACAUAGCCAAGCGUUAUAGAGCCGUUUGUAUUCCGGUUUUAAUUUCAUUAUCACAAGGAAAAUAUGGGAGGAGUAUGGCACAAAUUUUGGAUCAGACUCAAGAUUUCCAGCUGGCUGUAAAUCUGGUUAAACUGCUCAUUUAUUUGACCAUCAACGGCACUUCAGCCUCUUCUAAAUGGCAAAAAAACCUAAUACUUGAACUGUGGGAUGAACCAAGCAGAAACAGAAAAUUCUUUGGCAACAGUGAAUUUCUGGCAUUGGUAAACGAUAAGAAUGCAUGUGUUUGCGACUUUGUUCUCAAAAACAUGGGUGAUUUCUCGAAUAUGGGGAUUGUAUCUGCCGCUUUUUAUUCAAGAGGUGCUGAGAGAAUAAAAUUUGACAUCAGAUGCAUCCAAUUCACCCGACAAGCAAUCUAUGCCUGGACAUCAUUGGGUGCUUUAUACGAAUUUGAGCUGCAAUCUUUUGUUAUUUCUGCCACCGAAAAAGGAGUACUUCUGAUAAACCGAGUGGGAUCGGUAGCGUCAGCAAUCCGUGCCUUAGAUCCUGUCCGUGAUAAUGAGUGCCUCAUGGCUCGGAGCUUUUCUGUUGAGUUUACCGACAAAACCCUUAGCCAGAAUAUCAUCAAACAAUGCCGCAGGCAUAAGAUUAGCGAAUCUCAGUCGUUUAUAUCUCUUCAGUUUGAUCUUUCUCGUCAGGAAGAUGCAGAGGACUCUCAAGAGUGUGCACCGUUAGCUCUCCCAACUCCAGAAAGGGAAUCAUCGGAGGCACAAAGGUCUCCAAGGAGUGUUAUGAUGCCAAGGCCGAAGGUACCACUGACUGUCGUGCGAAAGCCCAAGCCAAAGCCGCUGAAGUUGGUUUUUCCCAGUUGGAAGGUCCAUAAGAUGCCUCACAAGCCAAAAAAUUCCCACAUGGAGAAAAGAUGGGAUUUCGAGUCUUCUAAUGACACCGAAAACGAACAAGUAGGUGUGCCAGAAUCGCCUACUGUGGCCGCCCAAGCGAACCUUAGCCGCGACAGGGAACCAUCUUCUGAUCAAUCGCCUCUUGUGAUGGCGCAGAAACGGAGAGAAGAGCGGGCAGGACGAAGAGGAAAAGAGCUUGUCUUGGCCAAGGCACCUGCGAAGAUGACAUUGGCGGAACCUUCUCAACAGCAUCGCCACCAAAAUGGGUCAACGAAUCUCACAAAGGCUAAGAUAUCCAAGUUUACCUGCGAUCAGCAACGAGAAAAGGUGAAGUCAAGCAGUGGAAUUUCAAAGAAAGAGAUUCUACAACUGGAUAGUAUUUUUAACUCCUUGGGACCUAAUGGAAGACAGAAAGACAAGCUAGGAAAGAAUCCAUCUACGCGAAGGAAAAGAAAUGCCGAUGAAUCUCUGGCAACUGAGACUCGAGCGACUAAACCGAGUGAAGCUUCGGAAAUACCCAUAAAAAAUAUAGCGGAUGCCUCGAUGGAAUUGCCAAAUCACGAUAGCUUAACAAUGACAUCAAAACCCCCAACCACUGCCAUCGCAGAAUCGACGAGUCUUGAUGUCACGACCUUGACGACAACCUUUCCUGGUACGAAAGAUGGGCCACUGGGGGCAUCUUUCACCAACCAGUUGCAGGAUCAAAUAUUUUGUUCCAUCCGUCAGUUCACGGAUGAAUUUGCACGGAAGAUGAAGAUCAUCAACCAGGAGGUUAAUCGGAGAAUUAGCAUUGAGCUAUCUCAAAAAUAUCAGCUUCUUUUCUCGCAACUACAGGAAAGUUUCGAACGGGACAUGGCUCAAAUGUCCCAAUACUUGAACGGCGUCAAGGAUAUGUUGCACAUGCCGGAAGACCAGCUAAUCCAUGCCAUUGAGAGCCAACAACGGCAACAGCCACAACAGAAUCCUGAAGAAGACAAACAGUGA